AUGAAGCUGGCCCACAGCCUCGACUCCACGUUUGGCCUCCGGUGCUGCCUCCUCUUCCUUCUAGCUUCUUGGGAGGCAGGUUCUGCUCCAUUUCAAGAAUGGCAGAAAACUGGUGAAUCCCCAACAUCUGAUCAUUUAUUCCACCUCGCUAUAAGCCCUGUUUCUGGUACUCUCUCUGUCCACACUGUUCUGCCUUCAGGACAAAGAUCUCCAGACCUCCCUAAAUCUACAGAAACCCCGAAGCUAAAACGCCACUGCAACACCACACACCAUUCUGAGCCAACUCACAAACCUAUAGACAAUUCCGAAAGUACAGACCACAAAAGACCUACAGCUGAUCAUGAAGCUCCUCCCACUUCGGAACAAAACCCCAGCUAUCAAGGAAAAGAGCCAAUUACCCGGAACAAACGUUCUGUUGAUCUUGCUAACUCCACUACCACACAUAAAGAUUCCUCUGAUAAAAAGCUAACCACAGCUCCCAAGAGCAAAACAACUUGUCGUAGGUCCACAAUAAGAAAACCAACGGUAACAAGAAACUCAGAUACAACCGUAAGACCUUUGGAAAACACCACCAUUACUUUACAUAAUAAAAGUACCACAUCACCUAAGACUACAAUUCCUUUCCACCUCUCAGACAAUUCAGGGAGCAACAAAAAAACAACAUCCUCCUCAGAAAAAAUCACAACAGCCACAAAAACAACAUACAAGGCUAUAAGAACCCCACAGAAGUCAGAAAAACCUGAAGAUAAAACUACAGUUGCCUCAGACAAGCUCCAGAUAAAAACUACAAAACACAUAAAAGAGACCACACUGGCUAGUGAGAAGACCACAAGAGCCUCUGCAAAUCCUACAGAACAUGGAGAAAAGACCACAUCAGACAAUGAGAAGACCACACCAUACUCAGCAAACCCUAAACAACAUGGAGAGAACACCACAACAGCAAAUGAGAAGACUAUACCAUACUCAGCAAAGACUACACAACAUGGAGAUAAGACCACAUCAGCCAAUGACAAGAUCACCCCAUCCCCAGUAAAGCCUACACAACAUGAGGAAAAGAUUACAUCAGCCAAUGAGAAAACCACACCAUCCCUAGUAAAGCCUACAGAACAUGGAGAAAAGACCACAUUAGCCAAUGGGAAGACCACACUGUACUCAGCAAAGCCCACACAAUAUGAGGAAAAGAUUACAUCAGCCAAUGAGAAGACCACACCAUACUCAUCAAAGCCUAUACAAUAUGGAGAAAAGACCACAUCAGUCAAUGAGAAGACCACACCUUCCCCAGUAGAGCCCACACAACAUGGAGAAAAGACCACAUCAGCUAAUGACAAGACCAUACUAUCCCCAGUAGAGCCCACACAACAUGAGGCAAAGAUUACAUCAGCCAAUGAGAAGACCACACUAUACUCAGCAAAGCCUACACAACAUGGAGAAAAGACCACAUCAGCCAAUGACAAGAACACACCAUCCUCAGUAAAGCCCACACAACAUGAGGAAAAGAUUACAUCAAACAAUGAGAAGAUCACAGCAUACUCAGCAAAGCCUACACAACAUGGGGAAAAGACCACUUUAGCCAAUGACAAGACCACACUUUCCCCAGUAAAACCCACACAACAUGAGGAAAAGGCCACAUCAGCCAAUGAGAAGACUACACCAUCCCCAGUAAAGCCCACACAACAUGAGGAAAAGGUUACAUCAGCCAACGAGAAGACCGCACCAUCCCCACUAAAGACUACACAACAUCCAGAAAAGUUGACAUCAGCCAAUGGGAUGGCCAUAACACCCUCAACAAAGCCUACAGAGCAGGAAGAAAAGACCACAUCAGCCCAUGAGAAGAUGACACAAUUACCAGAAAAGUCCACAAAACACCUAGAAAAUACCCCAUUAACCACAGAGAAAGACAGAAAAACCUCAGAAAAGCCUACAGUACACCCAAAGAAGACCACAUCCACCGUAGGGAAAACCACACCAGUCUCAGCAAAACCUACAGAAAACCCAGAAAAUACAGCAGUCAUAAAGAGUAUAAGACCUCCAGUCACAGUUACGGGAGACAACUCCAUCACUACCACUUCUCCUUAUCUACGUAAAACCGAGGCUACCCAUCAGGUGCCCAUUGGUUCUUUCACGGUCACUGCAUCAAGAAUGGAGCUGAGUUCCAUCACGUCAGAAGCCCCAGGCAACAAGAGCCAUCAAUACCAGAAUAAAGAUGAGUCACAAGGAGGUCUCCAUUCUGGACAGAUGGGCGAGAAUGAUCCAUUCCCUGCAUGGGCCAUAGUUAUUGUGAUUCUGGUGGCUGUGAUUCUCCUCCUGGUGUUCUUUGGCCUGGUCUUAUUGGUCUCUUACGUGAUGCGAACACGCCAUGCACUGACCCAGAACACCCAGGACGAUGACCCGGAGGAUGACGGCGGCCCCAAUUCCUACCCAGUCUACCUGAUGGAGCAGCAGACCCUUGGCAGGGGCCAGAUCCCUUCCCCACGAUGAUCCCGGAGAAGGCACUCUGCCCCUUUCCUCAAUGAGGAACUGGACCCAUAAGUUCUAUUUCCUGGACUCUGGGGAGGGCAGAGAAUACUGACAGUUAGCAGCUUUACCCUUCCCUCUGUUCUUAAUUGCAACUGAUUGGGGAACGAGGUGACAAGCAAGGAGGACCCAAGUUUAGGGGACAGAGAAGAAUGUGCGAAUAAUACAAGCCAGUGUUCUCUGUUGAAGGUGAUGGUCUGAGAAUGAGAAGCUGUUUGAUGGACAUGUGGGAUGGGGACCAAUGAGGGACACUGAGUCCAGGGAGGGGCAUGGCUAAGGGAAGGACAGAAGCCUUGGAAAGCAGGGCCUCGGACUGACUGUGAGUGGGGCUUAUGGGCAAUGGGGAGACUGAGGACAGAGCCUCAGGGUUUUAGGACCAAUCUAUAUUAUUUCUGCUCACUGUUACUUAAGAGUUUAUGUAUAUACAAGCUCAUGUCUGAGUUUCCAGGACCCUUGCCCUUCUUUUUU